AUUUUUUUAAUAUUAAAUCAUUUAAGAGAUGUUGUAAGAAUAAUAUAAAAUCCAAUAUACAAAACAAAACUCAGAACAUAAAUACAACAGAAAGAAGCUACCCUCUCUGUUCAUACUCGACUUCGAUGUGAUUCCGUUCAUUGAGCCCAACAUAAUGAAUCCCUUUUCCCGUUAAAUAAUUGUUCAUUGUUCUACACGCAAAGACCAUGUUAUUUUCACAUGCUUGAAUAAAUUGAUUAUUGUAGUUACAUUGGAACGUAAUGCUUCAAUAAGUUUUGCUAACAUCAACAAUUAAUUUGUUUAUAAUGGGUACAAAUUGGCCUUGUUAAUUUUUUUCGAAUUCUAUAAAUUUUGAAAAUUAAUGAAAGGAAUUUUUUAAAAAUAAGAUACAAAGUAAAAGACUAUAGUGUAAACUUUAAAAGUUAACCAAAAGAAAAUGUUUUGAACAUUGCUCAUGAAUUUUGGGUUUGUUCAUGAGUUUAAUGUAUCUCUUAUUGUUUGAUUAGCUGAUGUGAUGCAACUUCAACUUGGAUAUCUUCAUUUGAUUUCAAAUAUAAGAGAUUCAUGGGUAUUAAGAUUGUCUGGUUUCAUUUGUUUUGUUUCGCCUUAAAAAUGACAAAUAUUGUGCACUACACCUCUUCACAUUCCAUAUGUUACUUGUUUUUGUAGUUAUUAAGUUGAUUUACCCUUUUUAAAAACUAGUAUCCAUGUCAAAUUCAGGCACAUAAAUUAUUAAGAUUUACUUCCCAAUUAAGAUACGUAAACUGGUCCAAAGCCACCUAAAGACUGAAACGUUAGUUUUUUCCUACAAAAUUAUUUAUUUUGGAUUUUGAUGUUCAUGAAGCAGGUUCAUCGUGGGUUUCAUCACUGCCAAGGCCGGUUUGGCGAUGGCCAAAAGAAUGAUUAGAAUUGCUAAGAAAGAGGAAUGUUUUAUUAUUAGUGACAAGAUGGUAACCAAAGCUAUCGAGAACACUACUCCCAUCAUUUUGUUGCUUGUUGCACAUGAUGGUAUGAUUUGAUUCCUUAUCAUCUACUUCCAUGUUUCUUUAUCUUUUGUAUAUAAUUCAUUGUGUUUUCUUUUUUAGGUUCUUGUGGAGCUCAUGUUGCUUAGGCAACUAAACACAAUGUCUCAUGCCUUUAGUAUAAUUAUUCUUUUUCCUUCAUAUUUUUUAAGUGCGCUACUUAAUUUAGAUGCUUCUCAUAUUUUAGAAGUAACAAAUAGUGAAUGCUCUCACACUCACUGGUUUAGGAGAUCAAGUUAAAGCAGUGAAGCCUGAAUUAAGAAGGAAUCCUUGGUAAUGAUGACAACAAAGAGACCGAGAUAAACCUCCAUUUGUAUCUAUAUAACCUUUUGUUGUAAUAAAGUUACCAUCAAACACGAUUAUGGGCUUCACGUUUUAACAUUAGGAGCUGAACUGAUUCAUGGAGAAUAACUAAAGGGAGUCCUAUGUACGUAUAGGUUGACUAACUAGUUGGAAAGGCAUCAUUGGAGUCCAUAUACUAAAUGAAGCUAGUAACAACAAUGGAUCAAGUGAAAAGAAGCAUUAAUUACACAUAUUCCAUUGUCGAUUUGAAAUGUUUACAUUCCGGUGUCGUAUGGAUAGGACAAUGACUAGGACGACCAAGCAUUCUCCACUGAGUUAGAGAAACCUCAGCCGUGAGAUCCUGAAAUCGAAUUUCUCAAACAUAAAAUAUUCUUAUUAUAAUAUGUUAUAUUAGUUUAUUAUUUAAAAAGAAAAAUCAAAUUCAUUUACCAAGUGACAUGUUUUCAAAAGAGGUUCCAAAAGUAUGUUAUAACCGAUGAUUUGAGAAUCCGUGUGUAUGUUUCUCUCAUUCUCUUUUGCCUUUCUUAUUAAAUUAUGAGAUAUUAAGUGAGAAACUAGGCGUUGGAGUUCUCUUAAGAAGGAAGAAUAGCAUUGGCUUACUCAUCAGAUACAAAGUUAUGGACUCUAGUAACUUUGAAAACAUUUGAAGUAGAUCUUGUACAAAUUAUGAAGUUAGUAGUACAAGAGGUGCUAGAAGAAAGCCGAGCUAUACAUAAUACAUUUUUUAGAAACUUAUUGGAACUUUGAAAAGUUUUUCUCCUUUGAGAGAGAGGAAAUUAACACAGAGAUCAAUAGAUUUUGAUGUGUGAAGUUGAUUAUGGUUACCCACAAGAUCUAUUGUGUAUAAAUAGAUGUAAUAAAAAGUGUACGUCUCUCAACACAACUAACAAAAGCUUUAGCAUAAUGUUUCCGAGUUUUUUAUUUAAGAAAAAGCAGAUACUAAGGAAAUAUAAAAUCUGAAAUCCAAAACACCUAGGACAAGAAGACACCUAAAAACCACAUACAUUCAACUAGACUUGAACAAAUUUUCUGGAUCCGAAGUUCAAAUUUAAAGUACACAAGAGAAUCCGAUCUCACAUAUAUGUCUGGACUGUACAUGAAUUUCUAUAUACGUAGAACCAUAUCCGAACCCGAACCGAACCCAAAAAAAUAACGGAUUUCCAAAAAUAUUCUAAGUAUAACUAUAUAUAUAUAUAUAAAUACUAGUUAUAUUACUACUUAUAGUAAUUUAAUUACUAAACUAUAACUAUAAAUUUGGAUAUGUUAUUUUGUUUGUGGAUAAUUCAGAUAUUUCCAAUUAUUUUAGGAUAUUUAGAUAUUUUUUACAUGUUUGAAUAUAAAUAAAAAAAAUUUGAUCCGCGCAUUUUAGAUAAAUCAGUUAUUUUCUAUAUAUUUGGACUCAACCAAGUAAUUUUUGGAUACAACUGAACCAAACCCGAAAAAUAUCAAACCAAAUAAAAAAUUUUAAAUUAUCUGACUGGUAUGCAUUUUCCUAUAUCCAAACUGAUAUCCGAAAUAUCCAAACCAAACUUGAUAUGUUACCUUAAUUGCCAGCCCUACGUCCAACUCAAAACUACCUACCACAUAAACAAUGGAACACAAUUAUACGUCAUUUGUGAGAAAAUAAGUGUGUUGGACAGAUGCCCAAAUUUUGGAUGGAAUGAGUUGGGAAGGGGUUCUAUUUGGAGGACCAAUUAUUCAGAUUUUAUUAAAAAUGGGACUUAAAAUUGGUAAAAAGAAAUAUUGUGACGUGCAAGUAACUCUCGGGUAAAAAAAAAUUAAAAUUUUAUAAAUUGCCAGUAAUUAGGUGGGGAAAAUUGCUAAAAGAGAACAAAAAAAUAAGGUUGUUGUCCCCUUGGUAUAAUACCAACAUAAAAUUGUCUCAAUAGUAUAAUUUUUCUCAUCAUUCCAAAACUAACUCUAUAUUUAAUCUAAUUAAACACAAUUUAAAAGUUAAUUUGAAUUAAAAAAAAAGUUAAUGGAGAAAAGGAAAAAAAAAACAGUUGAAAGGCAAUCGAAAAAAAGAGGUAUAGAUAUGCAUCUUAGAGAACAAGAGUUUGUGAGAAGAAUCAAAAGAAAAACUAUGGAAAAACCAUAGAUUGAUGUAGAAGAAAAGUAUAAUCGUUUUUUUAAGUAAAAUCUACCAUAACACGUUUUAGGAAGUUAGAAUAUUUUUAGAAAAUUUUUAGAAUAUUUUCUUAACUGAAAUUUCAUUAAUUUUUGCAAAAAAUCAGGUACUCUUUCUUUGGCCGACAUAUAGGAUUUCCUAUUACUUCUCCUUGGUUUUAUCUUUUGAGACCUGCUGGUUCUCUGUUUUUUUAUUCUUUUUUUUUCGAAAAUGGGCAUAGCUGGUUCUCUGUUUUGCUCUGUUUUUGUUUCAUGAAACUCUGUUUUUUGAGUAAUAGCUCUGUCUUUUCUAAUAGAAUGUUACUAAUAAGAGUUAAAAAAAAGAAAAAAAGAAGCAGCCGGCUGUUAUGGUAACCAUAAAUAAUAGGAAACUAUCACUGAAAUAUAGAAACUUUAUUUAUCCAAGUUUCCGAUUAUUUAUGUUUUCCAAUUUCUUUUUUUUUUAUCGUCAUCUAUAUGUACAUACAUAUGUAUUUUACGGUUAUAAAACAUUGUUCGCGUCUUACCUCUCUUUUGACAAACCAGGUUCCACGACAAUGGCACUGAAGCUACCAUAUGAUUUGAAAGAGGAAAUUCUCGCCAGAGUUCCAUGGAAAUAUCUUGCAACGUUGAGAUGUGUAUGUAAGCUUUGGAAUAGUCUUAUAUUGGAAGAGAGACUCAACAAGAAGAACUUGUCGUUUCACAUGCACAGCUAUAGUGGUGAGCAUCGGUUUAUACUCAAAGACACUGGUCCUACGAUUUCUGCCGUGGGCAUUGAGGAGCAGAAAAACGUGGUCGAUCCUCCGUCCUUGAUCGUCCAAGACUUUACCCUUAUAAAAGCUCGAACAUGUAAUCCUGUUAGGGUGUACAAGACUGUUCAUUGCGACGGUUUGUUGUUGUGUGUCAUGGACAACCAGCUUGUGGUUAGGAACCCGUUACUGAAGGAAACAACCUGGAUCAAAUGCGGUAGUGACUUUCACCAACGAGAUGAUGCUUACAGCCUUGGAUACCUCAGCCACUGUGAUUACAGGAUCUUAAGGUUUCGUUGUGCUAGUAAUUCCAGAAAUAGACCUUCAAGGGUCGAGGUCUGUGAAGUUGCAUCCAAGACAUGGAAGGUUAUAGAUAACAUCAGUUUUGAUUGGUUCCUUAGUGUGCCGUUGUCGAUCCUCUCUCUGAGAGGAACUCCUUAUUGUAUUGGUCUUCGAGAAGAUCAUACAGCCUUUGUACAAAGCUUUGAUUUUUCCAGAGAAAGGUUUCAGCCCAUAGAUGACUUGCCAUUCAGCUAUGAUGAGAUGAAUCCUAUUGCACUGGAGAUUUAUAAAGGAGAUAGGCUUUCGGUGUUGGAGCAAUGUCACAAAACAAGGAAGAUAUGCAUAUGGGUGAAGCAUUGGCUCAUGCUUACUUCUUGGACCAAAUUGGUGGUCGUGGACAUACCAGAGUUUCCGCUUAUAUAUCCACGUCUUACCCUCCUUUCUACAAAUUAUUAUUUCGACAAAAACAAUAGGCUUGUUAUAACUUGUAAUGAUACUGACAUGAAGGGUCUAUCUAUUAUCAGAGUCAUCAACGACAGGGAGUUCCAAGUAAUUAAAGCUAAUGAAUGUGAAAUUUAUUUCCCUUUUUUAUGCAGCUACGUUCCAAGCUUGGUUAGGCUUCCAGGGUUUUGGAAGCAAGACACUAGUCGGAUUCGUUGGAGAAAACGUAGAUUCAACUAGUUUGUGUUUAAGAUACUAGAGCAAGUUCGCGCUGGAAUUUGUCUCAUUACAUUUCUAUUUAAUAUUUAUUUUUAAUUUAAUGAUUUUAUUUUAAUUAUUCAUGGAACAUUAUUUUUUGCAAUUUUUAUCAUUAAUUUUUUUAUCUCGUUUGUUGUGAAAGACUCAAAACAACGGUCAACAAAAUUUUCUAAUAUAAUUAUUGCGAUUAUUAAUGAAGGUAUAUUCUAUUUUUAUUUUGUCGGUAUAUAUAUAUAUUAAUUGUUUGUUUUAGUAUAAGUUAUCUAAUUUCAUUUCUGUUAUUUUUGUUUGUUCUCUUUUUGUUAGACCAUGCAAUUAUAUAUAUUUACUUUCAUACCAAUUUUUUUUUUUUGUCAUCUAAAACGCGGAUUACUUUCAUACCAAUAUUAAAAUUAUAAGUUGAGCUUUUUAUUUUAGCAUUUUUUUAAAAUCACAUUAAAUUAAAUACAAUAAUUUUACAUUCUCCGUUCACAAUACUUACAAAAUAUACUUAUUUUAUCCUUUAAAACAAUUGUAAUGUAACUUAAAAGAAAUUAAUGUCAGCUAUAUGUAACACUAAAUAUUUUUAUAACAACUGAAGUAUUAUGGUAUUUCGAUUUCUGGAUAUUUUAGUUAUAAAUAAUAUUUAAAUUAUUGAUUAUUUUGAAACUUAAUAUAGUUAAUAUUUUAAGUAUGUAAAGUUUAUGAUAAAAAAAUUUAGAUAUCCAUUCGAUUAUUGAUUUUGUUUCAAGUUCAGAUCUAUUCCAAAUUUUUGUUUUAGAGAUUUUGAACGGCUAUGUAUUUAGUAAGAUCUAAACUCUGGCCAUAUCUCUUUUUCAGUUAGUUCAGUUGUAAGACAUCAUUCAAGUGACAACGAAAUGUUUCUAUCGGAACUUCAAACUAAAACAAAUCGGUAAUUAAAAUACUUGGUCCUUUUUUAACAACUCCAUUGUUUUAUUCUAUACAGUAAGGUUAAUGUCAAUAUAUUUAGGACAUUGUCACACAAAUCGACAGCAAAUCUAGUAAAAUUUAAAUUAUCAAAAAUAUUGCGCACGAAAUAAUAAAUAUUUUAAAACUAAAAGGACCACGUCCAUUUUCUAAAAGGCAAAGUCAACUUCCUUAGUGUCAUGUCUCUAACAAACAUACGACGGAGACGAACAGGAAGAUGAUCUACCUCAACAUGAUAACAGUAAAUUAAUAAAUAAUCACCAAACACCAGAUUGCAAAGCUUCUUUAUAACUUGGCUUAUUCAGUUUUGUUUUUAGAUAUUGAGAAAAAAAUUACAGAUCAACUAUAGCCUUCAUAGUAGUCAUCUUGCUACUUGUGGUGAUAGUGAAGGAGAAAGAAGAUUUAAAGCAACGAUUCAUGUCCGUUACGAUCGUUAUGUCCAUUUGCCCAUUUUGUCCAUUAAUGAAGGAGUUAUAAGAAAACCGUUAAUGCCAACGAUUCCUGUGAAGGCAUAGCCGUGAUAACAAUACAUAAAGCUCAAGAGACACUGCCUCAAUCUCACAAUAUCAGAUUCCUCUAUGAAAUUCGAAUCCAUUUGUCUCCACUGUCAAGACGCAGACUUGUGGUCCAAAGGGAUCAACUUAAUGGCUAAGUGCAGCAGAGAGAUAUCUUCUGUAGCUUAGCACAAACUAUGGAUUUCUACAGAGAAAGUCAUGUAACAUAUAAAUGAUAUAAUUUAAAGUUUAAGAGUUAAGAGUCAUCAAACGAACUUUGAUGGGAUCCUUCAGAUAGCCAUGCGUUGUUAUAAGAUCUCAGAAAUCUGCAAAACUAAAGCACAUUCUGAAUCAAUCAUCAAA